GGGGCUGAGGAGGGGGGCUCUGGGGACAGCAGGUGACCGUGCUGGUGUCCCCAGGUGUGCGACGAGGUCAAGGCGUACCUGCUGGCCGACAUGGCCCACAUCAGCGGGCUGGUGGCCGCCAAGGCCAUCCCGUCGCCCUUCGAGCACGCGGACGUUGUCACCAGCACCACGCACAAGACCCUGCGUGGCGCCAGGUCGGGGUUGAUCUUCUACCGCAAGGGCGUGCGCUCCGUGGAUAAGAAGACGGGCAAGGAGACCCUCUACGACCUGGAGGACAGGAUCAACUUCUCCGUGUUCCCCUCCCUGCAGGGGGGACCCCACAACCACGCCAUUGCUGCCGUGGCUGUGGCCCUCAAACAGGCCAGCUCCCCGGCUUUCCGGGAGUACUGCCAGCAGGUGCUGAGGAACGCCAAGGCCAUGGCACAGGCGCUGCUGCAGCGGGGGUACACCCUGGUGUCAGGUGAGGCUCUGGCCCUGCUGCUUUGGGGACCAGGUACACCCUGGUGUCAG